CGCCGCUUAUAUAUAUAAGACAGAGCGCAAAUAUCUUGAUUAGACAGGACUGACGCAACGGCGCAUAAAAAAUGUUGUCGGCUUGUUUAUUGACAACCGCAAUUGGAAUUGUUGCUACAAUCCAACAGGCAUUCGCAAACGUGGGAACUACUUGCACGGCGAAUGGAAAUGAGUGUGUUUCACUUACGGGCGCAUACUGUGAUUUAGAUGCCGAUGGAGGUGCAAAAUGUGCAUGUGCUGCUAUUUACAAAGCGAGCGACGAUGGUAACACAACCUGUAUACCGAAAAACUGUGCUGUUGGUAAUGCUGUGGCCAGCAAUUCUGUGUGUAGAGCUAGAGAUAGUAAGUCAAAAUGUGACGGUGACGUGUGCAUAUGUAAACCAACGUUUGUACUCACGGGGGCAGAUGACUCGGAUGGCUGUGCACUUGUUAUUGGAUCCAGCUGCGCUGGUGAUUUUGACUGUGAGCACAUACAACACGCUGUGUGUCCUACAAUAGCGGAGGGUUGCGCGUGUCCUGCCACUUUCACAGCCAGCAAGGAUAGACUUACAUGCGUACCAAACAAAAUUGGAGCGAACUGCACCAUGGAAGGAGGUGAAUGUGCUGACAUAGCUAACUCUUUAUGCAACACGUCUGGAAAAAACUCUGUUUGUGCCUGUCCAAAUACUUACACAACGAACACGAAUGAAAGUGAAUGUGUGCCAAACAAAAUUGGAUCCACUUGCACCAAUAACGGAGGUGAAUGUGCUGACAUAGCUAAUUCAGUAUGCGACAUUUCUGGCGACAGGUCUGUCUGCGCAUGCCCAGCUACACACACGGAAGGCACAGCACAAAACACCUGCAUUGAAAAAAACUGUACAGAAGACACCACAUGCGCGACAUCCGAUGAUAAUGCCAUAUGUUCAGACAAAAAAUGCGGUUGCGAUGUAACGUUUGAGAUUUCCAACUCAAAAUUAUGUCAGAAAAGAGUCAUUGGUUCAAGCUGUAAAAAUGGCGGGGAAUGUGCGGGUAUAGCAAGCGCCGUCUGUGACUCUUUCAUUUGUAGCUGUCCAGCCACACACACGGCGAACGCUGGUGGAAGUCAAUGCACUACCAAAAUUUCAGACAACGCCAUCGGUCCUGCUGUGUCCGUGAUCCUGCUGUUCACCUGCUUUCUGUCAACAUUUCUUCGUUAAUUUUAGACUUUAAAAUUACUGACUGAUUAAAUAGACUGUAAUAAAUUUUUGAAAAAAACAAGUUAACAGCAAUGAUUUUAAUACAGUGAAAAAAACUCCAUCGGGCUCUUUUUGCACUUUAAUACUAAAAUCCUUAAUGAUUAACAAGCAAUUUCUCACUCAGGAAAACAUCUGAAGGUACUUAAAUAAAAACAGAGAAAAUAAUGAUUCUAUGUCGAACAUGUUUGAAAUCUGUGUCUUUAUACCAUAAAUUGUUUAUAAACGAUAUUGUGUCCUCAUUUGUCUAUAUACAGCUUUUUAUGUAGUUGUCAAUUUGGCAUUAUUGUAUGCCCUUUCCAUUUACCACACCUAUCUGACAUUCUCAUUUUCGCA